AUUUGAGAAAGCUAGGAAAUUAUUUCUACAUUGCAAAAGGUAAUUUAGCACCAUGAACACCUCAAAAAUCUGAGAACAUUCUGCCGUGACGUUCGGAAUCGUUCGUGACGAAUUCGGAACGUAGACGGGGAUUUCCGAUAUCCGGUAUCUUGCUCGGAUUUUGGCUCGAAUCCCUCUCUGUCACCUUUUAUCCGGUCACGGGUAAAGCUGUACGUUGGUUUUCCUUAUUCAGCAGAAUGGGAAAUAACAUUUUCCGUGGUGUUAGGUGUUUAGUUUGUGCUCAAAGUGGUGUUUUUAAAGUCUAACCAUAGUUAUCAUGAAUACUUCCGGGUCCAAACGAGAAUGGCUUGGCCUAGAGGGACACAUACAGCAAGUGAACAGCAACACUGGGCUCACCAAGCUCAGAGAGCAGGACAGAAGUGACAGACACUGGUUCAUUAUACAAGACUCCAACCUCUUAUUUUAUGAUCAAAGAAGCAGUCAGACUCCACCAGAAACCAAACCAACAGGAUUUGUAGACGUUGCUUCAUCAGUGCUGGAAGUUUUUGUUGUUAUUUCAAGUAAGGAUGGAAAGAAUUAUCAGUUGUCCCCUCCUCGGGAUGUCUGUGUGUUUGAUUGGCUCACGAGCCUCAGGGAAGCGACGAGGGUGAGCAAGCAAAAUUUGGCAGCAUCUUCCUUUGAGCGCGGCGCCGGAGGUGGGAGUAUUAUGGGCAAGUUACGAAGCAGUCUGCGCCGGAAGAAGAAAGUCACUCGGGCUUUGUCAGAUACCAGCAAAGUUGGUUCCAAUGUAAACGGACCUGUGACGGGUGCCAUGAGUGGUAACCCUCGCAAUGAGCCCUUACCGAGCCAUGGGCCACAACAGAAAGGCCGAGUUCAACGCUCAAAGUCAUUUCCUUGGGAAGGACCCCCUAGUUUUGAGCUUCCUCAGCCGACUAUGUCAUCUUUUGAAGAAAAGGAUAAAUUAUCUCCUAUUGAGCAGGCGGAAGAGGCAAAGUUAUUUGACUAUAAUGGUUGUGAUAAUAGUCCGGACAAGACAUCUGUCCAACCACCAGCAAAAGACGUCAAUACUAUGGAGGACACCAAGGAAGAGAGAAACCAACAGCCUGUGGAAACUGCGUCCAUCGAGAUUCAAACCGACCCAAUAACGGAGGGAGAAUUACUUUCUUUACAGCAGCAGAAAAUAACAAAGGAGCUCGAGAUUGAGGUCUGCAAACUAAAAUGUGAAGUGAUCAGUUUGAUCCAAGGAAAUAUCAAGAUUCCUUUAAAAGAUGACGACUUGGCUGACUGGCAGUUAGUAGAGGACAUCAGAUACAAGGACCGAAUUUACCAGUUGUUGAGAGAAGCUCGGCUUUAUAAUCCGAACCUGCCGGAUUUCGAUACCUCAGUGUCAUGUAGUUUCAAGGACAGUUAUGGUUUUAUCCGAGGAGCAAGAGAAAGUGAAAGCGAGCUAUUUCACUUUGUAUGCCGCGAGCUAAAACAAUAUUACUCGAGUUUUUACCGGAACAGAAAUGGUCACGCUCGUCUGUGGUCGCAGUACAUUGAAUCUAAGCAGCAAGAGACGAAAAAUGUGUUUUUCAAAGAGCAAGAGAUGAAGGCACUUUUGAGAGAGGGCAUACCGAAAACAUGCAGAAGCGAAGUAUGGAGAAGUGCCAUGACACAAAAGGUGGAGCACAUAAAAAAAGAGAAGGGUAGAGAUUAUUAUCAAAAGCUACUUCUCCGGGUGGAGAGACGCAAGAGUAUCUCCGCCACUCACCUCACUGUUACCGAGAACCAGAUCAAGUGCGAUCUGCUACGGACCAUGCCCAACAAUGAACGAUUUCGAUCUGCCGACUGUGAUGGGGUAAAGAAAUUGUCCAGGAUUCUCCACGCGUUUUGUGUUCAUCGUCCAGAUAUAAAUUAUCUACAGGGAAUGAAUUUUAUUGUGGCCAUGUGUCUCCUUUUUAUGGACGAAGAAGACGCCUUUUGGUCUUUCGUUGCUGUUACUGAAGUUUACUUAAAAAACUACUUUGACAAGUCUUUGAGCGGGGCCUUAGCAGAUCAGUCGGUUUUGAGUGAGCUUCUGAGUGAAUCGUUACCAGGCUUACAAGCGCACCUCAAGUACUAUGGAGUGGACAUCUCCACUGUAACAUUCAACUGGUUCAUAACCAUCUUCAUUGACGCGGUACCCUUUGAGACUGCUGUUCGAAUUUGGGAUUGCUUUGUCUUUGAAGGUAGAGAGGCAUUAUUUCGAAUCGCAGUGGGUUUGCUGAAGGUCCAGCAACACGCUCUGCGGCAGUUGUCUUGUCCCCUGGAAAUCAUGCAGCACAUGAAAAGAGCCGCCAGGGUCACUUACGACAAAGAUCAGCUUUUUAAGUCUUCAUAUGACGAAUUGAAAAUCUUCCCGACCAUAACAACACUGAAUGAGAAGCAAGAAAAGCAUUUAGCGAGUGUUAGAACCGGACAAGACGACAAGUUAAUCACAAGAGAAGAGAGAACGCGCUCCCGCGUCAGUUCGUUCACGGUGGAGAUUCCCAGCCAGGAAAAACUUGAGAAACCGGAUCAGCACGAAAUUCUGGAAUGCGCGCUGGCCACAUGUCGAGACUUGUCAAGCCCAGUGUGUUUGUUCUGCAGCAGUCGCUAUACAGCGAAAGUUUAUCUACUGGACAUCAACAAGAAGGAAAUGAGGACUCUUGACGUAGAUCUCAAGUCACGUGUUCUAUGUACGGACAUGCUGGAAGAUGGCACCAUUUUGGUGGGGACCGUGUCGUGGUAUAUGCACGCGUUCCUUCUAGAGAACAGCUCGGAAGUGUGGUGCAUUCAACUCAAUGACUCGGUGAUUGACAUCGCUCAUUUACCAGAUGGAAAAGUCUUUGCAGCAUUAGCUGAUGGAUCAAUUUGCGUCUUACAGAAUGCCAGUAGACAGGAAGCGCCGUCAGAAGGUUCCCACGUCAGGGUGGGUGGUGCGCCAGUCACUUGUAUAACUCUCGUGAAUGAAAACGUGUGGUGUGGCUGUGGCAAUAAUGUGGUCAUUCUCGAUGGAAGUUUUCUUGUUGAGCUCGGUUCAUUGGUGGUAUCUCAAUCUCGUCGUCACCAGGUCUCCAAGCUAACACACGGUAAACAUGGCGUGUGGUGUACUGUGAGGGGGUCAUCUUGCGUUCUGCUUUUGGACCACGUGACCUUUGACGUCCUUUCAAAGGUUGAUGACGUCACGAGCCUCGACAUCAGUUCUGACUCAAGGGUCAUCGCAUUCAGUGAGUCACGUGUCACCACAAUUAUGCAAGUAGGCGAGGAAUUGUGGGUAGGGCUUGGUAACGGGCAGGUCCUGAUAUUCGACAUCAUCAGAAACGAUGCGUAUGAAGAUGAAGCUUACGUGGUGCUUAACGAAAAUAAAGAUAACGGAAAGUCGUUAGAGAGGUUUGGAAAACAACUUAAAACAAUAUCAGAAAGAGUAGAGAAUACGUCCGCACAAGAUUCAAUGUCCUGUACUGCGGAUUCCACGUCACACUUCGAAAUCAGUCGUUCGCCAGAGACUACGGACAUCUCUUCUCCAGAAACAGUUAAUACCAGAGAAAGUGAUAAUGAAAAUGUUCACGUUGAAUCGAUUGAAAGUUUCGAAGUGUCGUCAGGUUCUGUAAGCAAGCAGGAACCUGUGGUUGUGGAAGAAAGCAAAGCAGAGGAACAAAAGUCCACCGAGGAACAAGGAAAAGAUGACAGUAUGUUCCACAGUGAUUACAGGUUUAGACUACGACUAAGGGUGCAUUACCGCAUCAACGAGGGAGCUAUUCGCUGUCUGGUUCUACUCAGAGAGGACGAUCCACUGGUCCUCAGUUGCGCAGGCUCUUUUAAUGAAGAAGGAGCUUUGUCGCUAUGGCAACGACAACGAGCAGAGGACACAGACGAGUGGCUUCCGUUUUCUAUCAAACAUCGGUUCACAGAAACCGCUGGUCCAAUUCUGCGGCGCAAGGAUACUCCGCCUUUGUUUAAUUAAAUCAGCAAUCUCGCUCCCAGGCCCCUUCAGCAUGGAUCGUGACGGCAAGACUGUCGCCGAAUCGUGUGCUCCACCUUUGCUCGUAUCCUAAAAAAUCAAUAAGGCCUCCAAGGUAACAUCAGGCUCUUCAGCUCCAAUGCUGAAAUAUGCCGCGUAAGUUUGUUUGGUAAGGAAAAUUCCUUGAGAUUUCUGUCUUCAGCCUCGGCAAGGUGUAAAACCCCCUCGUGUAUUUCGUCAAGAAUUGAAGAAAAGAAAUGGCGAAGGUUUAAGAAUGACUUUGACUGGAUAAUGUUUAUUUUUUACGUUUAAAAAGGUGCAAUGAGCCUGGUUGUUCAUGUUCGUUGUUAAUGCUAGCUGCCUAUCACCGAAGUUUUAUUUCUAUUUUUCUAGCUGACUGAUGACGCUUAAUAACUUUGAAAUUUCAGACUAAGUUUCCCUACUUUGAUUGGAAAUCAGCGAUUUCCUAGGCCUUUUGAAAACAACAGAAGCUCGCGUGACGAAAUCCCGUAUUCGGUAUCUUUUACUUCAGUCUGUUAACAUAGUUAGCAUUAGUUACAUAAUUCAAUUCACUGAAUAAUAGCAUGGCAAUCAUUAUAAAUAUAUCUGUGUCAAAUUGGCAUUUUUCCGAAAAAUUCAAUUACCUUUGUGAUAAUGAAAAUAAUUUCUUGGUGUUAGAAAACAAUUAUAGGGUUAAAACCUCUUGUAUAGUUUUAUUUACAAUGGGACUAACAGAAACUAGAGAUAUAUUUUAUAAACUAUAUUUUUUUUGUCGAACUGAAAAUAAAAUCCCUA